GUCUUGAGGCGUGGCAGUGGUUGACUUACCCUAGACAACCCUAGGAUGGACUUUCAUCAACAUACUCAUUUGCCUGUCCUUCAUGUUCCAGAGCUUCAUACCUAUUGUGCAAGGGGACCUGGGAAGGCCAGCACAAUGGCUGACAAUAAAGCAAAGCCGACCAAACCUGCAAAUAAGACUCCUCCAAGGUCUCCUUCAGAUCCAACUAAGGACCGAGCUGCAAAACGAUUAUCCUGUGAUUCAAAUAGCUCCCAUGAGGGAGCUGUGGCAGGAGAAAUAAGUGCUCUGGAAGAGGCCUUUAGAAAAUUUGCUAUCCAUGGUGAUACAAGAGCCACAGGAAAAGAAAUGCAUGGGAAGAACUGGUCUAAGCUGUGUAAGGACUGUCAGGUGAUAGAUGGGAAGAAUGUGACAAUCACAGAUGUUGACAUUGUCUUCAGUAAAAUCAAGGGAAAGUCUUCUAGAACUAUUAGUUUUGAACAAUUUAAAGAAGCUCUUCAGGAACUCUCCAAGAAGCGAUUUAAAGAAAAAAGUGAUGAAGAAGCAAUUCAAGAAAUAUAUAAACUAAUUGAAGGAAAAGCACCAAUUAUAUCUGGAGUAACGAAAGCGAUUUCUUCUCCAACUGUGUCACGCCUUACAGAUACAUCAAAAUUCACCGGUUCUCACAAAGAGAGGUUUGAUCCCAGUGGGAAAGGAAAAGGCAGAGCUGGCCGAGAAGAUCUGGUUGAUACUUCCGGAUAUGUAUCUGGCUAUAAGCAUGCAGGCACAUAUGAUCAUAAAGUACAAGGAAGCAAGUUACAGUCUGUAUUUGGCCUAUAUACAGAAAGAGCACUGGUUUUCAGUCCCUGUUCAUGUUUUGUUUUUCUGACAUUUGGCCUUUCUUGUAAUUCGGCCUCCAAUGACCCUUUGAACCCAUACAUCAGCCUGAACGCAAAACAGUAAUGUGUCAAUACAAGGACUUCCUCAUGAACUUGAAGAUUUUUUGUUUGUUUAUAAUUUGUUUUGGUUUUUGUUUUGAGGAGGGAAGGAAGUUUGCCGAAGACUCAGCACAUGCUAUUGUAAGGAUUUAAAUAUCUUUUUCCCACGAUUGACUCUACUUAUCUGGGAAGAUUUUUGACAUAUCUAAGGAUGCUCAGGAUGAGAAGCUUUUUGAAGUCUUGAUUAACUCAUUGCUCCUGAAGAAAAAUUUCAUUGGAGUGAAGGAGCAUUGACUCCUUUGUUGCACUGGUUACCUGUCAGACUCUGAAAAAGAAAAUAGCACAUUGUUAUACAAACAAUGAUUAAAUUUUGCCAGCAUGGCUGUAGACUGGCUAACUGUGGAGAACCCUCUUUGUGAUAUAGCAUUCAUGCCCGUGCACCUCAGGAACGCCUUGGGAUAGGCCUAUAGCUUUUUUUAUAAGUAAAAAGGCUAAGUCUAACUCUUGACAAAUCCUCAGCUAAGUUACAGGCAUGAUCAAUACCCCUGUUCUUCCCAUUGACUCGGAGACUUAACUUAUUGGUAGCUGGAAAGAUCUGGACCGUGCUUGAAUCAAAGGUGAGGUCUGGUCUAUUGCAGAGCUCUUCCAACACUUUUUUGAUCUUGCUGUUUGUUGUUAGCUAGCUGUCAUGACAGGAAUAGUAGGUGAUACCUAACCUAAGAUGCACAAGUGAUAUGCUUUCUAUAGUAAACAAAUACAGAUACCAAACUGUUACUGCAGAAGGAGGAAUGACAGGUUAGAAAGGUUUUACGGACUUAGUAGGUUUUAAAUUGCUAGUCCAUGGCAUGAGCAAAAUAGGCAUACUCAUAAGAUAUAGAAGGCACGCAAAAGAAUUGGGAAUGGGGACAGAUACAAGCUGGCACUUGAAAUGGAACAAAACUGCAUACUUGGAAGAGGCUCAUGGAACUAGUCAGGAGUCUGCUAGAGCUUAACUUUAUAUUACAGUAUGAAAUUCCUGCAAGAACAAAACAGUUUGUAUGGACCUGAUGCAAAUUUGUGCAAUAUAUACAGUGAUAAAUUAAGUUUUGGAUCAGGACCUCAGAAGGUGCUUCAGAUAGCAUGUGGUAUUUUAUUUUGAAGGACACACUUUUUCUUCUUCGUUGCAGUUAGAUAGGUUUAUAUCUCUAUCAAAUGCAUGAAAAGAAAUUCCAUAUAUAUAGAAUGUAUAUAUAUUUAUAUAUACAUUCUAUAUAUAAAUAUGACAGUGAGGAAAGGAAGUUGUGUCUGGAAAGGUAGUAAUCUGUAAACAUUUUCCUCUCUACAAUUGAUACAGAAGAUGCAGGCUGUGAAUGAAAGCAUAAAACCAUAGAGCCAUAGAUGCAACAUAUAUAUCUGUGUAUUAGAACUUCAGCCACCCAUUUAUGCUCUUACUUUCUCACUAAUUUUGGUGGGUAAUGAAAAGCCUAAGUAAUAGCUUGAAUGUUAGCUGUGGUUGUUAAUGUUCCAGGCCUAUUUGGAAGUGAGGCCAAGUGUGUAUUUUAUUGUUUAUUCAUUGACUGUUCCCUGUACUGUUAGGAUAACAAGUACAGCUUGUAACUCAGAGGUUAUGGGAAAGGAGAUGUCAAGAGGUGCAGUGGAGCAUGCUCAUCAUCCUGUGCACCGUUAUUCUAGACUGCCUAAAUGACAUGCCUGAAGUAAGGAAAUGUACUCAAUAAAGUUUACACUCAUCUCCUUUUUUUGGGCAUCUAAAUUCAUUCCUUCAGACUUUCCAGUCUGAUUUUCAGCAGCCCAUCUGCAGUGCUCUUUUACAUGAUAUCAUCUAUAAAACCCUACUAUUCUUAAUAAUCUUGCUUUCAGUACUGCUGAACGUUCUUUUGAGAUAAACAUGAUCAAAAAGUUCAGGUAGCUUUUAGAUAACUGUAUUUAAGAACAAACUCAAAUUACACUGUUCAUUUAAAAUUAAAGCCUUAGAUACUAUAAUAGUACACAAUCUUAAUAAGACUACCUUUACCAGGUUAAGAAGAACAAAUUCAAAUCCUGACUGAGACAAAAGACUAAUAUUAUAGGAAAUCUUAAGUAAAAUAUGCAGAAGAAUUUUUAUUACUAUUAUUAGCUCUUGUUUGCUAAUUCCUCUACUUAUUCUUUGUGUUUUAGUUACUUGUUGAAAGUUCUCCAAUAGUCAUACCUGUAUGGAAAAUCAGAAACAAAAAUUACUGUCCUUUAUAUGGCUAUCAAAGCUAUCACAAUAUUGUUACUGAAAGGCAGACAUUGAAUUAUAUGUUGUUUCAACAGUCCAGUGUGAACAUUUCUGAUUAAUUGUAACAAAGUACUUGGAAGACCAAAGGAAAUGCGGAACAUUGGCCACUUUCUUACUUGAGGAAAGUGAAAGGGUAAUUUCCAAACUACUGAUGUGUCACACCUUGUUCUUCAUUAACAUAGAAGUUAUCCUUCAAAGAUAUUUUUGACUGAAGUAUGAUGUUUUCUAUGUAUUUUACUGAUGUUACCUCAAUCAAAAUUUCAUCUGAUAACUUUUCGGAAUUAUGAAUUUCAUGUAUUAUUUAUUUCAGUCAUGUUUUCCCUCUGUUGGCUCAAUUAAUACCAUUUUUAUAGCAGAUGGAAUUUGUUGAUAAUCCAGAACUAGAAUAUUUGAGUAGUUAAGAGUUUGGUUUGCAAGCGAGAGGUAUCAAGAGAGUCCUUGUGUAUCCUUCUCCAAACCCAAACCUUAAAGUUGUAGUUAAGAAAGUUUUUUUUUUUCUUAAGCCUUGUCAUAGUUACAAAAUAAACUUCAAUUAUUUGUAUCUGCAUGUAUGAUAAGUAUCAGCUGUUUGGAAUAUAAACUAGCUUUACAGAAAUUGCAUGUAUUCUGGGGGCAUGCGCCCGUCAUCCGUGAGUAAGAAUUCUCUGUUAGCACUGGCCAAGAAACAAACCAUUUACUUUCAUGAUAGAUAAAAUGUAAUGUGUUGCACCUAGUACAUAUCCUUUAAACUGACUGUUAGCCUUGUGUGUGCACUAAAAUAAUUACAGCUUUGUGUACAUUGUUUGUAGUGUGAAUAUUAUGUUCUUUGUCUGUUAGUUGAUGGUAGGUAGUGUAAUACAUGAGACUUGUACAAGUUUGUGUGCACACAUACUUUUUAGAUUCAGAAAAAUAAUUAAACCAUGUAAGCGCUGUCCUAAACCUUAAAUCUUAAAGGGCCAAGCUCUAAUCCUGCAGCUGGAGCUAUUCAGGGCCAGUUGGAAACCAUUCUAUCUCCAUAACACGAAAGUAGAGAUCUAGGAGUGUUUUUAUGUUUUAACACGUACAACUACUCCCUUUCUAUUUCUGGAGGAAAGUAUUCUUCAGUAAAUCUGACAUAGACUUGUUGUGACAAGAAGAGUUCUUCCCUUGUUAGGAAGUAGGAGAGAGAGAGUCAGGGAUAAAUCAGUAGUUCCUCUGAGUGCUCCGAGAGAUCUUAAAAUUAUGCCUUCUGUAUUUUUCUUUAACCUAACUUUGUGAAGUAAGUUGACACUCACUAUAUAUGUGCAAAGUUUUUUGUCAUCAGUUGAAUAAGUGCAAAAUCAUGGUGUAUUGGUGCAGGAGAUGGACAGUGUCUUACAGUGUUUGUGGAGUUGAGCCUUGCAUAAACCUUUAGAAAAUGAAAUACCUGAAACAUAAUGACAGAUUUCAAACUUCUGUGAAAUUCUUAGUCAGGAGUGGUACAUGAUACAUGGAUGUGUACCUCCUAUAUUUGGAGUUUUGCCCAUAAAUAGCAUUUGGACAUUGAGUUACUAAUUUUGUGCGCCCAAGUGCCCAUUUGGCUAACUAGAUAUAAGCUGGAAAUGAUAGACUGAGCUGCUCCUUUUAAGUCUUCAGAAUCCUAAAACUAGUGAGAGACCAUUCAUUGCAUUCAUGCUUGCUUUUUAACUCAAAAAUAAUAUUCUAAAAGAUUUCUCAGCUGUGAUGCUUCAGGAGGCUAAGGAAUAUUGCAGACAGAUCCUCCAAAUCUUAACUGUCUAAUCAAUUUAUAUUUUCAGGAACAAAUAACUGUUAUGUACUCGUUUUUUUUUUUUUGUGUGUGUGUGUGUGUGUGUGUGUUUUAGUAUAUCACUUGAGAUGUAUUUCUUCAAAAUCCACAUAGAGCUGAUGGGAUUCAAAACAAGUUUAAGAUAUAACUGUUUAUAGUUCUUGGAAAAUGUAUCAAUUUAGUUGUUUCAUUCCAAAUAAUUGAUUGCCCACUGUAGGCAGAUUUUGGCAAGAGCAAACUUGAUAAUAAAUAAAUAAAUAAUUAAAAAAUAAAAAAAAAACAAGCUUACUUACUGAGUAUUUUUGACAGAUUUACAAAUAACAUACUGGUAGUCCAAAAUUAUUUAGAAGUAAUAACAAUUUUGCUUUGUAAUCAUACUCACACACGUGCAUGUGCAUUAUUUUGGGACGGAUGAGUGGCUAGAGUACAGAGGAGGCUUUUUGGUUUGUUGGUCUUGGAUUAUUAUUAUUAUUUUUUAAUAUAUCUACAAAUUGACAUUGGAGAGCCCAACUUGCUAACCUGACCUAGAAAGAUGGUAAGUACCUUCCACAUUCCACUGUGGGUAAAGCAUCCAAUGAAUUAGUUUUCAAAUAUAUUUUUAAAGCAUCUCUUUUUAUGAGUUAGUGUAAAGCAUGUGGUGCUUGCACAAAGCAUUUGUAAAGGUCUGUGAGGUAAUUCACAUAAUGCUAACUUAAACUUGACUUCAAAUAUUUUUAUUCAAGAUUUUGUAUUACACAUUUUUCAGAACAGGUCGCAGACUUGAAUAAAGUUGCAUUCAAGUUAAUUUAAAAUAUAGCCCUAAAACUGUACUAACACUUCAUCCUCUUUACAUUUUACUCUGGAUGUUGUAGAUGGUAAAUGCCAAAAA